CGUGGCGCGACGCGCAAAAAAACGCCGUGCGCGGCGCGGAAGCGCUCGAAAAAUUAGCGGGGCAGCCUCCGGCUGCACCCUUCGCAGCCAUGCGCCGGAACCGAUGAUGAAUAGAGGCAUAGCAUGGGCCCUGCUGGCCGCCGCCGCCCGCGCCGCGUCGACGACGCAGCCCGUGGACCUCUUCUUCGCCAUCGACGCGCCCUACUACCUGGCCAUGGUGGCCUGCGCCAUGCGGGCGGCGUACGAGCGCACGAACGCAAGUUACCGCUUCUUCGUCCUCCACCGCCAUCCAUUAACCUCGAAGCAGAUCUGCGCCGCGUCGAAACUCGCGCUCGGGUCGCACUUCGAGGGCUGUUCAACCUUCACGCAUGAGCGGGAAGAGACGUCUUGUGAAAUAGGCAAAAAAAACCUCGCCACGGUCAACACCAUCGAACUGGUGAAAUCGCCGCGCGUGCUCGACGAGAUCUACCGGCUUACCGAACUAGAUUUCAAGUCGCGGAAACAUGGAGACUGCACGAACCGCGGGGAUCUGGUGAACCUGUUUAAUCUCGCGCCGGACGCCAUCGACCAGUUCCUGUUGCCGCUAGGCGUGACGCGAGCGGUCUACCUGGACGCGGACGCCUGGCCGGAUUCGGAUUUUGGGAAGUUUUACGACGCAGCGUCAGAAAAAUAUACGGCGGUCGCGUUGGCGCGGCGGCGGAAGCGCUGUGUCCAAGCGGGCGCGACGAAGUGGGAGCGCAAGAUGGGGUUAAGUGGCGCGAACUGGAGCGAGGGCUUCCGCCAGGACCUGCCUUAUGUUUAUGAACGAUUAGGUAAAACUCUGUACGACCUGGAUCAGCGACGGUGGCGCGCCGACUGCUUCCACGUGCCCUCAUUAAAACGGUACUGCGAGCUUGGUGUGGCGGACAGAGUCGUCGACGCGCUGAAGCGCCAGACGCGGGGCGACGGCUCGAAAUUGUGGACCUGCGGCCUCCAGCAGCCUCCCUUGUUACUCGCGCUCGCGAACCGGACGGCGAUCCUGCGGCGCGACGAUCUGGAGAUAGUCGACCCCGCGAAGGGCAUCGAGGCCUGCGCCGAGCGGAACCCGAAAAUUUCGGUGCAUUCCGAGAACAAGAACAGCCUGCGGACGCGCGCGAUGCGAAGGGAGGGAGGCGACCGCGACGCGGCGCUGGGGGCGCUCCUGAAGCGCCUCGAAAGCGGCGACGCGGAGGCGUGCGGCGCGCGGCCGUGGCGCGAGAAGAAGGGCUCUGAGUAAUGUGUGCGG